AUGCCUAUUGCAUUUUCAAGAUCUAGAGCGACCUCAUCAUCAGCUUCAGUAGACCCAGCAGUUAUCAAAAAAAAAGAGUUAACAGAAUUAGGCGAAAAAAUAAUAAAUGAUAUAGGGAAAGCCACAAAAUCAAUGAUAAAACAUUCAAAUGUUCACGAUAAUAUGAUGAUAAUUUCAAAAUCUUUUGCAGCUCAUGAGGGUAAUAUUGCACAAACUGAAGAAUUAAUAAAGCAAAUGUCUGCAUUAUCAAAAGAAUUAUCGAAUCAAGUUGGCUUAUUACAAUCAUCACUUGAUUCAAUGGAGCCUUUAAAUAAUAAUAUCGUCAAUACAUCACAAUCAAUUCAUAGAAUAGCACCAUGUUCAAAACCCCAUUUUUAA